AUGAUGGGGCUGCUGGAGUGCGUCGCAUUGCUCACGGUGGUGCUGCACGAGUCCGUCGUGCUGCUCACGAUAGUGCUGCACGAGUCCGUCGUGCUGCUGACGUUGGUGCUGCUGGUAUCUGCACAAUUUACGGUGGUGCUGCACGAGGCCGCCGUACUGCCCACGAUGGUGAUGUACGCUUCCGUAGUACUGCUCACGGCAGUGCUGCUGAGCUCCGUCGAGCUGCCCCCGCUGAUGCUGCCGGAGUUCGUUGUGCUGCGCACGGUGGUGUCGCGGGGCUGCGUGCUGCGCCCGGUGGCGCUGCUGGAGUCUGUCCUGCUCACUGUGGUACUGCUGGGGUCGGUGGUGCAGCUGGAAUCCGAGGUGUUGCCCGCGGUGGUGCUGCUGGAGCCCGUCCUGGUUCCCAUGGUGCUGCUGGAGUCCGUCAUGCUGCUCGCGAUGGUGCCGCUGGAGGCCCUCGUGCUGCCCCAGGCUGGCGAGCAGACCCCCGAGCGCUCAGUGGCUUAG